AGCAGUGGUUCGCAUUUUGGUUCGGGAAUUCGCAAUUCCGCAAUUCGGUUUUCUCGGUAUUCGCGCUCGUGAAAACGCUCUCGGGACAUAACGGAAUAUACGGGCCGGUGCGGCUGUGUCCGAGCGCACAAAAAACUUUUCGAUUAUUAUAAACUUUGGCGUGAAUUUGGUUAGUAGUGUGCGUGUGUGUGCUUGCCGUUUGAGCAUGCAUUUGGCAUUCACCGUUAGCCGGCGGACAAGUGAAACAGCAGGAGCUACCCAUUAAACAAAGUGCACGCGUGAAACAAAGACAAAAUAACGAAUAAAAAAAAACUCCACUCACACGUUCGAGCGCGCUAAGAUGGCGCCAAAAAAGUCCACCAUUGUGCUCAAUGUGGAGCAGUUUAUUCACGACAUUGAGGAGCGUCCGGCCAUCUGGAACCGCAACUUCCACUGCAACAAGGCCUUCCUCGAGCAGAUGUGGGACGAGUUGAGCGGGGCGCAUAAGCUGCCGAGUGAAGUUUACGUUUUGGACGAUGGCGCUGAGGUCGAUCUGGAUUUAGGAAACUAUGAACGAUUUCUCGAUGUCACUCUGCAUCGGGACAACAACAUAACCACGGGCAAGAUCUACAAGUUGGUCAUUGAAAAGGAACGAACUGGAGAGUACUUGGGAAAAACCGUUCAAGUUGUCCCACAUAUCACGGAUGCCAUCCAGGAGUGGGUGGAGCGCGUGGCCAAGACGCCUGUCCAAGGAUCCACGAAGCCACAGGUGUGCGUUGUAGAAUUGGGUGGAACCAUUGGCGAUAUUGAGGGCAUGCCUUUCGUGGAAGCCUUCCGUCAGUUUCAGUUUCGCGUUAAGAGAGAGAACUUCUGUUUGGCCCAUGUGUCGUUGGUUCCAUUGCCCAAGGCCACUGGAGAACCAAAGACGAAGCCCACUCAGAGUUCGGUAAGAGAACUUAGAGGAUGUGGUCUGAGUCCCGAUUUGAUUGUCUGCCGUUCGGAGAAACCCAUUGGACUAGAGGUCAAGGAGAAGAUCAGUAAUUUCUGUCAUGUGGGCCCGGAUCAGGUUAUAUGCAUCCACGAUUUGAACUCAAUUUACCAUGUUCCGCUGCUGAUGGAGCAGAAUGGAGUUAUUGAAUAUCUCAAUGAGCGACUGCAACUUAAUAUUAACAUGAGCAAGAGGACCAAAUGUCUACAGCAGUGGCGUGACUUGGCCCGCCGCACAGAGACUGUUCGUCGCGAAGUUUGCAUCGCAGUUGUUGGCAAGUACACAAAGUUCGCGGAUUCCUACGCCUCCGUGGUGAAAGCCCUGCAACAUGCCGCCCUGGCUGUAAAUCGUAAACUGGAACUGGUCUUUAUCGAAUCGUGCCAGCUAGAGGAGGAGACUAUGAAGACGGAGCCGAGCAAGUACCACAAGGAGUGGCAGAAGCUGUGCGAAAGCGAUGGUAUCCUAGUGCCCGGCGGAUUUGGUUCCCGUGGCAUGGAAGGCAAAAUUCGGGCAUGUCAAUGGGCGCGAUUGAAUAAAAAGCCAUUGCUUGGCAUCUGUUUGGGUCUACAAGCUGCUGUGAUUGAAUUUGCCCGAAACGUAUUGGGUCUUAAAGAUGCCAACACUACUGAAAUCGACCCGAAUACAGCCAACGCUUUGGUCAUCGAUAUGCCCGAGCAUCAUACUGGUCAAUUGGGUGGCACUAUGCGUUUGGGAAAACGAACUACGGUGUUCGCCGAUGGCCCGAGUGUCAUACGUCAGCUGUAUGGCAGUCCAAAAACCGUGGAGGAACGUCAUCGGCAUCGUUAUGAAGUUAAUCCGAAAUAUGUUCCCCGACUGGAAGAGCACGGCAUGCGUUUUGUAGGCACCGACGAAGACAAGACCAGGAUGGAAAUCAUAGAACUCAGUGAUCAUCCUUAUUUCGUAGCCACUCAAUAUCAUCCGGAAUACUUGUCGCGACCAUUAAAGCCCUCGCCUCCUUUCCUUGGCUUGAUCCUGGCCUCCGUGGAUCGGUUGCCCCAAUAUAUUCAGCGUGGUUGCCGACUGUCGCCCAGGCAGCUAUCCGAUGCCUCUUCGGAUGAGGAAGAGAAUGUUGUGGGGUUGGCUAGUGCAACAAGUUCCUUGAGGUCCUUAAAGAUUAGCGCAACACCUAAAAAUGGAGUUUCUAAUGGCUGCAAUGGUAGCACCAGCACUUCCGACGGCGAAGGAGCCUGUGGAGGCGUUGAUCUUACCAAUGGCCAUUGAAUGAAUUAAUGAACGAAUCCUUACCCCUUGGACGUGUUUAUGAUAAGUUUUGAUCCUGUUAUCGCACUUUGCAAAAGAUUGUACUGACAGGAGCAUAAAUGAAUGUGCGGUGAUGUCGGUUUAAACAUUUUUUAUGUUUUUUUGAAGUGACAUAAAGUAAUCCUUAUGUAUGAUGAAGAUUCUCUUGCUUUAGGAUUUUCUUUGUCCUAUUUAAAACUGCUUCCAAAAGUUAUAGUUUCCAAAGUGGAAACAUCUUUAAAAUGAAAAGCUGUAAUACUAUUUAUUUUCAUGUGUUUUAAAAUAAAACACAAUUUUUAUUUCAAAAGUUGAAAUAAUUUAUUUUUAAGUUAUGGUUUAAGGUUAUAGGAAAGAUUUUUUAGUUUGUUAUUAAUUGGAAAUGUUUUGGACUUUAUUUCAGAAAUAACUAUAAGGUUACUUUAUGUCCUUGCGAUUUGUCAAUUAUUUAAAAUAGUUUAUUAUCGACAUACUUUUGUGUGAAUAGCCUCGCGUGUGUCUUCUGAUAAAUAUGAAAAUAGUUUGUAAUCUCCACUAAUUACAGCAAAGAGUUAGCUUAUGACUUGCUUAAAUUCUGAUGGUUAAGUUCUUAUUGUCUGUAAUCUAAACUAUAUUUAAAGGACACAAAAAAAAAAAAAAAUAACGCU